AUGUAUUUGUUCCUUUCAACUAUUUCCAUUCGUGUGUCCCCAUUCAACUUUUUAGAGAAGCUUUUAGAUGGUUGUACUAUUAUAUGUUGUUCUUUGCUUUUCUAUUACUUUCACCUCUGUCCCUUUUUACUAUUUGUUUUCGUUGAGGCACUUUCGAAUAUUGGCUCGUUAUUGUCAUCAAUUUUGGGGAUGGAGAUUGUAAUGUUUUUGGGUUUGUUGGUAACUGAUUGGGUUUUUUUGUUGAUUUUUGUAAUAGGUGGGUUUUAUAUAGAAUGGUUUUAUGGGAAGUUGAUGUGGGUGGUGUAA